AUGGGGGUUCACCGGGCACGUGGCAACAGCCCUGCAGUAGAACGGCAUGAAGGUCCUGCUGUACCUGGACAACUGGCUCAUCUGCAUGCUGUCUCAGGUGGUUCAGGACACGGUGCUUCUUCUUUCAAAUGUGGCCCAGCUGGGUCUCAGGGUGAACCUCAAAAAGAGUUGCCUGGUUACUUCUCAGAGUACAAUUUUGGGGUGGUUCUGGACAUGGUCACCAUGAAGGCCUGUCCGUCGCCUCACUGCUGCUACUGUGGUUCCCUUAGGCUUGCUGUCGCUGUGCCCCCUUCAGUGGUGGCUGAACAGUUUCCGCUUGGAUGCCAAGUGGCACUGACACAGGAAACUCAUGGUGUCACAGCAUUACAUCCUCACUCUGGCUCCUUGGAGAGAGUAUAUAUUUUCCUCAGCUUAUUAUCUGUUACCACGAUAUGUGGUAAUCUUCUUGUAAUAACUUCCAUCAUUUACUUCAAACAGCUCCACACUCCUACUAACUACCUCAUUCUCUCUCUGGCUGUGGCAGACCUUCUUGUUGGUGUUUUAGUCUUUCCUUUCAGCAUGGCUCUCUCUCUGAGCUCAUGUCUGCAUCAUGAGGAUUUAUCUUACAGAUAUUAUGCAGUGUGUCAGCCUCUGACAUAUAGAACUAAAAUAAAUGUUCAUGUUACUUCGAUAAUGAUCCUGGUGUGCUGGGGUACAUCUGUUCUAAUUGGAAUAGGCAUCAUUAUAGCAGGAUUCAGUCAAGGAACAUGUGAAGAAAUGUGCUCUGUUGAUGUUGUAUUGGCAAAUGUUAUGGGACCUGUUUUCUCAUUUUACUUCCCAGCGAUCAUAAUGAUCUGCAUCUACCUGAAGAUUUUCCUUGUUGCUCAGAAACAACUGAAUAGCAUCCAGAAGACAACUUGUCAGGACAGAAAGUCUGGAGCAACUGUCAGUAAGAUGGAGAGAAAGGCCACAAAAACUCUGGCUACUGUUAUGGGAAUUUUUCUGUUAUGUACUGUCAGCUGGGCUGGAACCACCACCCUGAGUCUCUGCCUGGUCUUCAUUACAUCCCCAGGCCAACCUAACUGA